GUCAAGCGCUAUUGCUGACUGUCAUUCCGCAAGCUUCGAUUGUUUGCUUCACUGUUUUUCUAAUAUUUAUUUUGGACUCUUGACUGCAUUUGUUGUCCCGCGUUUUGUUUAAUAAUUUCCGUGGUAUGAAAGUUAUGAUUUUCCUGAAAUAGUAUCUUUGUGUUAUUGCAGUUCUAUUCAUUUAUUAAAAUAAUAAAAAAAAAUCAGUUCGCAAAUAGUGUAAAUACCUUCAUGUUACUAAAUAUUUUUUUAAGAACAGCUGUGCUUAAUUGAGCUAAAAAAAUAGCGCGCCAAUGCCAAACGUCGCCGGGAAAACGUCGAUGCUUAAAGUGGAUCGGAAGAGUUUUAUUUGGUGGGACUAUGUUGUUUCUCAGUGCCUUAGCCAUCGGAAUGAUUACUGGCUUGCAAAAUGUCACCACGGAGGUGGCGACAGCGGAAAGUGACGUAGGGACGACGGCGGUAACGGACGGCAUGGGGUUGCUAGAGACGACGAAAUCGUCAGCCGGGAACGACUUCGUAAACGUGACGAUCCAAGAGCGUACAUCGAUGUGGGACUUAUAUCUUAACCACUGCCCCAAGUGGCGUCCGAUAAAUCAUAUAUUUUUUCAAGCAGCCAAUGUGUUCUUCCUGUUAUCCUUCCUGGCCCCACAUACACCCACCGGGCUGAUCUGGCUGAGAGUGGCUCUGGUACUUGGCUGUGCCUUUUCAGGCCUCUGGGCUUGGAGUAUUGAGUGCUACCUAGAUGCUGUGGUGUGGAACAGUGCAUUUAUAAUUAUUAACUUUGUGUACUUUGCUGUGCAAUUUUAUUUGAUGAGGCCGAUUAAAUUUCAUAAGGAUAUUGAAGAGGUGUACAUAGCAUUGUUUAAACCACUGCGGGUGUCCAGACGUCAGUUCAGGCGCGUCUUGAUGUGUAUGCGCAACGUGAGGCAUCUGAAGUGCCACGAGCUGUACGCGCACGAGAAGGUCACGAAGGUGGACAGCCUAUCUUUAGUGCUGUCUGGAAAGCUUGUAGUGUCGCAGAAUCAGCGCGCUCUUCACAUUGUCUUUCCUCACCACUUUCUGGACUCGCCGGAGUGGUUCGGUGUCUCAACGGAUGAGUACUUCCAGGUAUCAAUAAUGGCAAUGGAAGAAUCACGAGUCCUAGUGUGGCAUCGCGACAAACUCAAGCUUUCUAUCAUGUCAGACGCCUUCCUGCAGGCGGUCUUCGAUCACAUACUCGGUCGAGACGUCGUUCAUAAACUGAUGCAGGUGAGCGAAACAAUGUCAGUGAGCAAUGGUCACCUUCCGAACAGUUAUGAGGAGGGGGAGGACAAGCCAAUGCUCGUGGUGAAGAAGGCUGGUGAUGGUCCUGGGAUCACUGCACUGUUGAAUCGACAGUUGCAAGCCACAGAUCCAAACGCUUGGCGUCUCGGGAGAAUCGACGAAACUGACCACGAGACGCCCGUUUGAGGGCAAGCAUUGCAUCUAGCGGUGCGUCCGAGAAAACGCGACCGCUAGUGCAUUCUAUGCCAUUACAAGGACCUGUGGUCCAAUCGAACUGAUGCUUCGAGAAUGUUGCCAUAUGUGGAAGAUGAAUGACGUGCGAACAUGAACUGUGUCAUACGAUUAAGAAGAUCGUAAGGUUCAAAAUGUCUGUUUUUUUCGAAGGGCUUAAGGGUGUCCAUUGAAAAAAUUAAGCUGGGCAACCUGCUAGAAUAUUUAUCACAAUAACUAACCAGUGGUAAAAUUUAUUGCAAUAUUAAGUUUGUCGCUUAAAACGCGGGGACUAUUUUAAGCGGCAGAUUAAAAUAAAAUCUUAAAAUAAACUAAGGAUAGGAUAAAACUAAACAUUAAAUUUCCUAGUUAUCUUUUAUAAUGGACACUCAUAUUUUGAUCGAAAAAAGCAUGACUUUGUCUUACGUGUUUUAAUUUUUCACGAAAAUCGACUAUUUUGCUAAGAAAGUACUGUAAACUGACAACUGACAUUUUAACAGGCAAUAAUGACGAAAGCUCUAAAUUUACUGAAAUUAAAAAAUAAAAUUUUAAAAUAUUUUGCGCCAAAAAUACCGUCAGGCUGCUGUCGAUAAAGUGCAGAACCAAAUAAAAAAUAAUUAUUAAAAAUAUAUUGAGAAUAUUUACUAGACCCGUUAGUGUUACAGUGAACGUAUAUUAUAAAGAUAUUUUUUGCGAUAUUAGUAUAGUAGCAAUACGGACGGUCACAAAUAAACCAGAAUUAUUUUGUGUAUAAUAUUUAUGUAGAUAGAAACUAACUAAUCGAUGAUGAGAGUUUCUUCAGUUGCGUUUUAUAAGUGCAGUCUCUGUAUCCGUCUUUCAAAACUUAAAAACUUCAUAUAUUAGACCUCAUUUCUCGAAUCUCUUUACUAUAGAUAUUUUUUUUAACAGUAGCUUAAGGAAUGAAAUGUUGGUAUUAGUGUCUGCACUUAUAAAAACAAAUAUCAUUAAAGAACUUAAUCGCAGUGUGUCUUGUUAUGUGCUUAUAAAUGGUGUAUCUGAAUUACUGUAAAUAAAAGUAAAUUGAAACUAUGUGUACAAAGUAAAUCGACUCUAGCUUAAAUUGUAAGGAAUUUAAGCCAAUUAAUAAAAAACCUGUAUUUAUCAAAAUUGCCAGUCUAAAAAAAUAGAAGUAAACUAAUAACCAUGAAUAAAAUAAUUUCCAUUUGAACGCACAAAAAGAGAAUUGCUGAUUUACACAUGAUCACGAUAUGCAUAUGAUUAUGAAAACAAAACUAAAAUAUCAUAUAUAGUAAGAUACUUAAAAUUCCUAAAUUAGGAUAGUAAUAUUUGUACAGAAUAGAUUCAAGAAAAUGCAAAUGAAUACGAUU